UUGAUAGUUGCAUUAUGCACUUUGGUCUGUCACAACAAGAAAAUUUUCUGCUGACUGAACCAUCCGCAGUAUUUUUUGAGUUUUGCAUCUCAUUUAGUGCCAUCCGUCUAGUUCAUUGAAAACACUAAUGUAAACAUUUCUGUCGUCUUUUUACUGCUGUUAACGUAACGUGGACGGUCUUCUUGUGCUGUCUGGUGCAUUUUUUUUCCCUGACGGAACAUGCUACAGCUUGUUCGCUGCGCCUACAAGUAGAGGGGUUGUAUUUUUGUGGAGAAAGGAUGAUUCAUAGCUCUUGCUUGCUAGAUGGGGAUGUUAUGUUGCAUACUGGAAACUUUUUCUAUGUGUGAACUCAACAUCAAGGGCAUUCUGUGUAAUUUUGAUGCGUAAAACCUAAUUGAGAAAGUAUAGUGUUUGCAAAAAUCAAAACGAAAUAAAACUAUUUUGUGAAAAUUCAAUAUCAACAGUGUAAUAGUGCGAUAAGAUCAAUAGUUGGUUUUGUAGAAAAAAAGGGACAUCUGAUUCGACCCGGCUGGAAAAUGACCUCAUUCUUCAACGUCAGUGCCCUCGGGGGUAAUCCCUUUUCGACACCGGUCGGACAAAGGAUAGAGCAAGCCACAGAUGCCAGUCUGGCUUCGGAAAAUUGGGCUCUCAAUAUGGAAAUAUGUGACAUGAUCUCCGAAUCCUCAGAUGGAGCACGGGACGCUAUGAAGGCAAUACGCAAGCGUCUUGCACAGAAUGCCGGCAAAAACUAUACAGUCAUAAUGUAUACUCUGACCGUGCUGGAAACGUGCGUGAAGAAUUGUGGAAAAGCCUUCCACGUUCUGGUGGCCAAUAAAGAAUUUAUUCAGGAGUUGGUCAAAUUGAUUGGACCAAAGAACGAUCCACCGCCCAUUGUACAGGAGAAGGUACUGAGUUUGAUUCAAAUCUGGGCGGAUGCAUUCCGUUCUCAGCCUGACCUCAACGGAGUGGUACUAGUGUAUCAGGAGCUCAAGAACAAAGGCAUCGAGUUUCCUGCAACCGAUUUAGACUCACUGGCACCCAUCUAUACACCGCAACGGAGUGUACCAGACGGAGCAGCUACGGAGAACAACAUAGCGAUAUCGCACCAUCCCGCGUCCCAAACGCCCAACUCCCCAGCUAUGCCACCACCUUCAGCAAUGUCUCAGGAACAGAUAGCCAAGCUCCAGUCUGAAUUGGAUAUAGUAACAAUGAACAUGACCGUUUUGGGUGAUAUGUUGACGGAGUUGAAGCCCGGUCAGGAGGAUCCAUCAGACUAUCAGCUGUUAACCGAAUUGGCAAACACCUGCCGAGAAAUGCAAAAUCGUAUCGUCGAGCUGAUAGGCAAGGUUCACCAUGACGAACUUACAGCCGAGCUAUUGCGGCUCAACGAUGAGUUGAACAAUCUCUUCCUACGGCAUGCACGGUUCGAGAAGAAUCGAGAUCCAACAACGGCAUCCUCAACGACUCCAUCAGCCAUUUUGGGUGCUGCAAUGGGUGUUCCCCCGAGGGCAGAUUCGGCGCCACCGGUGUCGCCCGAUAAGAAAGAUUCGCUGAUCGAUCUUAGUGACGAAGCUAGUGGUGGUGGUGGCGGUGCUGCUCUCGGUUCCCAACUGGCCGGCUUAAGCCUUGGAAAGACCGCCACCGCUACCUUCCAGCUGUCGCAACUAAACAGUGUAGCAGCGCAAUCUGGUGCGGCUACUGGAAAUACAAACAAAAAAAAUCCACCUCCCGAUGUGGUUUCCGACGAGUUUGAUAUGCUUGCACAAUCUCGAAAUACAACGGGGGAUAACUUGAAAGAUACCGGCAAGGUGGAUUUACUGGGUGGUCAAACCAAGUCGACUAGUUUGAACGCACGUGACACCGAGUUUGACGAAAUGGAAAAAUGGCUCGGCAAUCCGGAGGAUAUCGACAACCUUGAACCGGCGGAGAAUGGCGCCGGUAACGUCGGUGCUGAAGAAAGUCUCACCAGUAAAGAGUUUGAAAAAUUUCUUGCCGAACGUGCUGCGGUGGCUGACAACCUCCCGACGAUUUCCGGUCAAACCGGUAGCACCAAUACCAGUGUGGCGAAAGAUCGCAAGAAAAAGGACGAAGAGGAGGAACUGUUGACUCUUUGAAUCGAACGGACGUAGGUAUGACUACUACUUUAACUAGUGCGACGGGUGGGGUUUAUUGUAUGUGAUAGAUGUAUUUUCGUGGGUAGAGCAAAAGUAAGCGUAUCAAAGAGAUGAGUUAAUUUAUUUUCAAUUAACCAAUGCGUUGUACAUUUCGGAUACGUCCGGUGCGAACGGUGUACAUGAACUUAUUGAAGACAGCAGGCGCCAUAUUCUAUUAUGUAUGAUAAUUGUAUUUAUGUUUAUUAUUUUACACAAGUUUUGGGCUAACAAUCGUGACGAAGAAAUUUUACUGUAUCAGACUAGAAUAUAUUCGUAGUUGUGUACCAGCGAUUCAAAUAUAAAGUUUUUUAAGUAUAUUGCCGCAAAAAUUACAAUGAAACAUUCUAGUAUAUUUCUAUAAGCCUAACAAUCCUAGACUCAGCACAUUACUCACUUAUUGCAGUCCAAACAGUUACGACAACUACUAUACAACUACGAGAUAACUAAAAAGUCACGCGAAAAACGCUAGUGUUAGCGUACUUUAGGCCAGCAAUUUUAAUAGUAGACAGAUCUCACGCCAACUUGUCUAUGGGGUUGGUAGUAACCUUUCAGAAUCUAACUACUUCGGCUAAUUAAACAACUUUGCUUACUAGGUUUUUCUUAAAUUGACAUUGACUGUAAAACAUCAUCACAUUCAUCAAUGGUUUGAACCAUGUUUGAAAAAUAACACAUUUUUAGACAUUUCUUUAAUUUCAAUUAAAGAGGUUUCAACCUUAAGGUCAUUCGCUUCUUUGGGUUUGAAAAAUCUGUAACCCUAUGUGCGGGGUUUGGAUUCGAACCCAGGUGAGUAGUAGUGUAGUAAUUUUAUUUUUUUUUUCGUUCCAACAUUUAGAACUUAAUACUGGGCCCGUACACAUUCAUUUAUCUUUUUAUUAUCUCUUUCAGUUGUUUUAAUUUAUAACGAAGGCUAAACAAAUAAGGUUCUUUUCGAAAGGCAGUUUUCAUGCCCACAAAGUUUUAUUGCAUUCUGAGAGGGUGUUGUCAAACACCUCGUCGAGUUGGGGUGUAAUCUGUCAGUAGUCAUUUUAUUGUGAUGCUUUCUUGUUGAAUAUUUUGAAUCAAAAACUACAAGUUGUUUUUACACAAAAAACAUUCAAAAGUUAAGUUUAGACUACCCACUAAGGGGACAAAUUUUAUUUUAAUCGUCUUUAUUCGAACCAAAAAUAAUAUGUGCUAUCGUUCAAAAAUACGAGAAUUCAAACAUUCUAUGCGUGUGAUCAGCGCAGCCAUAUUAAGAUCAUACAAAUUCGAUAACUGUUUUGGUUGGCCAGACUUAUCGAAAUUCAUUUUCAAACUUAUUUUUAAGGUUAGACUGCAGAGGCAAAAUUACAAAUUGACAAA